AUCUCUCUACAGAGAUUAUCCUGCAUUGUAGAAAAUUAAAAGUAAGGAGUAUGCGGAUAAAAACAAAGCACUUCGAGUAUAUAAACCUGCCUACACCGAUGAUUUAUUGAAGAAAAAAAUUAAUGCUUUAACAACCAACUUUAACAAAGAAAGAAAAAAGAUUGAACAAGCACAACGGUCUGGCGCGUCUCCCGAUGAUGUACCAAAACCGUCACUCUUCUAUUACAAUGAUCUGUUAUUUCUGUCAGACCAAAUGUGUAUAAGUGAUACUGAAAGCAGUUUAAACAGUGAGGCUUCCGGGUUAUCCAAUUAUCAAAAAGAGAUGCCAAAACCAAAGAAAAGCAAAAACACAUCACAGCAAGACCUGAUAGAUCUAGCAUCGCAUUAUUUCAAAAAACCUGAUGACUCUGAAUCGGAUAUAAUUGCGAAGGGCUGGGCUCUUAAACUCAAACGUUUAUCACCAGAUCAAAGACGCUAUGCGAAGAAAAUAAUAAAUGACAUUUUGUUCGAAGACGAAAUGGGAUCACUGUCAAGAAACGGAAUUCACAUCUUGCCUGCUAGCUCACCCACAUACACAUACUCAUACCAGUCACCCGCAUCACAUCAGUCACCAUCACCGGUGCCAUCACCAAAUAUAUACCACUCAACUACGACAUACCAGUCACCAUCACCAAGUGGGCACCACUCAACUUUGACACACCAGUCACCCGCACCACAUCAGUCACCAUCACCUGUGCCAUCACCAAAUUUACACCACUCAAUUAUGACAUACCAAUCACCAUCACCAAGUGGGCACCACUCAACUUUGACACACCAGUCACCCGCACCACAUCAGUCACCAUCACCUGUGCCAUCACCAAAUGCACUCCACUCAACUACCACAUACCAGUCACCAUCAACUGUGCCAUCACCAAAUUUACACCAUUCAACUAUGACAUACCAGUCACCAUCCCCAAGUGGGCACCACUCAACUUUGACAUACCAAUCACCCGCACCACAUCAGUCACACUCACAAGUCGGCAAGACACCGGUGCAUGGUACUGCUAAAUCACUUAUAAUUGUGCCAUCUCAACCUAUGCAAGCGCCAAGUCUAUCUGAUGAACAGCCCGUACUUCAUAUACGAGAACCAACUACUGAAGAAGAAGAAUCACAGACUGCGGCUAAGUUCUUACAACAAUUCUAUUCUUUUUAGUAACUUCUAUAGACCAAACUGAGAACUUUUUGGGUAUGAAUCGAUUGCACAACCGAGCCA